GGAAGAAAGAAGCGGGGCGCGGGGUUGGAGCUGCAGCCAUGGCAGCUCCGGAACCACUGUCCCCGGCGGGCGGCGCGGGCGAGGAGGCACUGGAUGAGGACGAGGAUGAAGCGGAGGCCGAAGACCCGGAGAAGCCGGCUGGAGCAAGCGGAACGCGCGGCGGCGGCGGCGGCGGCGGCGGCGGCGGCGGCGGCGGCGGCGGCGGCAGUGGAGGAGGAGCGGGAGCAGGAGGCGGUGGCGGGCCGGGGGGCGCGCUCACCAGGCGCGCGGUCACAUUGCGGGUGCUGCUAAAAGACGCGCAACUAGAGCCUGGCACUGGGGUGCUGUCUAUCUACUACUUGGGGAAGAAGUUCAUGGGGGACCUGCAGCCGGAUGGGAGGAUCGUGUGGCAGGAAACAGGGCAGGUGUUCAAUUCACCCAGUGCCUGGGCCACCCACUGCAAGAAGCUGGUGAACCCGGCCAAGAAGUCAGGCUGUGGCUGGGCCUCCGUCAAGUACAAGGGCCAGAAACUGGACAAGUACAAGGCCGCCUGGCUCCGGCGACACCAGCUCCAUGUGCCUGCAGCUGCCGCCGAUGAGAGCCCAGCCAGUGAAGGGGAGGAGGAGGAGCUGCUGAUGGAGGAAGAGGAGGAAGAGGUUCUGACAGGCGUCUCAGCGGAGGAUAAAAGUCGAAGACCACCUGCGAAGGGCCCAUCAGAGCCUGCCCACCCUGAGGCUACACCCCUGGGGAAGCGAGUGGAAAACAAGAUCCGGGUACCAGUGCGAUACUGCAUGUUGGGCAGUCGUGACUCUGCCAGGAAUCCCCAUACCCUGGUGGAAGUAACAUCCUUUGCAGCCAUCAACAAGUUCCAGCCAUUCAAUGUGGCCAUCUCCAGCAACGUGCUGUUCCUGCUGGUGUGUGCCCAGCUCCUACCUUGUCCCUUGUGGGCCAGGGGCUCCCAGGACUUCCACAGCCACCUAACUCGCAGCGAGGUCGUGGGGUACCUGGGGGGCCGCUGGGACAUCAACAGCCAGAGUGGGUAUUUGGGGCCAAGUGGGCAGGGGGAUGUUGGGGGCUGGGCCGAUGUCCAUGCCUUCUCCCUGCUCUGUGCAGUGCUCACAGUGUUGCGAGCCUUCCCCUGUCGCAGCCGGCUGGGGGACGUGGAUACUUCUGCCACCAUAGAAGAGGAGAUUUACCAGAGCCUGCUCCUGCGGGGCCUGUCCCUGGUGGGCUGGUACCACAGCCACCCACACAGCCCUGCGCUGCCGUCGCUGCAGGACAUCGACACGCAGAUGGACUACCAGCUGCGGCUGCAGGGCUCCAGCAAUGGUUUCCAGCCCUGUCUUGCCCUGCUCUGCUCUCCUUACUACUCUGGCAACCCAGGCCCUGAGUCCAAGAUCUCCCCCUUCUGGGUGAUGCCACCCCCUGAGCAAAGGCCCAGUGACUAUGGUAUCCCCAUGGACGUGGAGAUGGCUUAUGUCCCAGACAGCUUCCUGACUAACGACAUUCUUCACGAGAUGAUGCUGCUGGUGGAGUUCUACAAGGGUGCCCCUGACCUGGUGAGGUUCCAGGAGCCCUGGAACCAGGAGCACACCUACCUUGACAAGCUGAAGAUCUCCCUGGCCAGCAGAAUGCCCAAAGACCAGGGCCUGUGCCAUGUGCUGGAGCAGGUUUACAGCAUCCUCAAGCAAGGGAACUGAGGGCACUGGCCUCUGAGGACCUGAGAGGCCUCCUGGUCAGACUCUGAGCACACCCCCACACCACACUCCUGGAAGCUCUGGGUGAGGGGGAACAGGUUUAGGGGCUUUGUUUGCAACUGUGUUGCUCCAUUCCUGUGGGACUGAGCUGUGCGAUGGCAGCAGCUCAUAUAAUAAAGAAAAGAGAAGCAAACAGCCAGGCGUGUGUCUCGCCCUGAAGUGGGGUCCCCAGCACUUGCUGCUGGGAGUGCAGGCUGCUGUCUGGGCAGUGGAGUGUUCACGCAGCUGUUGUCCUGUCCUGGGGCUGUGGGGAGGGGAGUCUUGGGAACAUACCUCCCAUGCUGGUGA